AAGUAUAACAAUUUUGAAUGACUGGGUACCCUAAGGAAUGUUUUCACUCCGUUACUGUCAGUGAACGUAAUCAAAACAGAUAAUCCUGCAGAAGAUUUCAACAUUACAGCGAUGGCAUUGCAUCGAAGUUUGCAAUUGGUUAAAUUAGCCAGAGAUCCGCUGGUGCUGCUGCGUGUUUCGUCGUAUUUUUCUACCAUUGAGUCACCAUCGAAACAACUCGGACACUUGAAGAUCAGCGAACCCUGUGUUAAACGGUUGAAGGAAAUUUGUGACGAAAAAUCAUUUUUGCGUAUUACUAUUGAAGGUGGAGGAUGCUCCGGUUUUCAGUACAAAUUUGAUAUAGACGACAAGAUUCUACCGGAAGAUCUGAUUUUUGGGGAGCAGAAUGCUCGUGUUGUCAUAGAUGACACCUCUUUGGAGUAUGUCGAUGGAUCUACUAUAGAUUUCCAUACCGAGCUGAUUCGUUCCGGUUUCAGAAUCAUAAACAAUCCCAAAGCAGAACAGGGUUGUUCCUGUGGGGCAUCGUUUUCUAUCAAAAUUGACUAGUUUAUUUCCCCAUAUGAUCCUUAUGUUUAGUUGUACUUCGUUACGUUUAAUGGCUUUAGGAUAGUUUUAGUAAAUUAAACAUAUAUUAGCAACUGAAA